GCUAUUCCCGAAACUCCUGAACCUAAAGCCUCGUUAUCCAAGCCUUAGGUUCGGACUUAGGCUCGGUUCUAAAAGUGGAGUCGAGAAAGCCCAGCGAAAGCAAAAAAAAAAUAUUGGCGUAGAGAUGAGACAGACCAGAGAGGGAGAGAGACGGACGUUUGGAGUCGGUAGGGAAGAGAUGGGUAAGACUAAGAUCACGAGGAAGAAGAAGGGAAGACCAUCGAAGGCCGAUCUCGGCCGCCUUUCCGGUCUCCGGCAGAGUUUGCCUGAUAAGACUCCAGAAUCUGAGCUUCGCCGUAGUCUCCGUCGCCGGAACCCAACCUACCAUGACGACUUCUACGAGGACGAUGAAGAGGAAGACGAUGAGGAUGAGAGGAGAGAGAAGAAGUUGAAGUUAGUACUGAAGCUCCCACACAAAGCGGAUUUUGGCGGCGGUGAUGGUGGUAGUGGUGGUGUUGACUCUUCACCGAGCCAAACUCGGACAGAAGGCAACGUGGCCCACGCAUCUACUGCUGCCGUGUCUGCCUCUUCCUCGGAGUACGGAGACGGUAAUAAGCCCUUUAAGAAACGGAAGAUCGACGGCAACGAUGGUGUUUACGAUGAUGGUGAAUGCGAUGAUGGAGAUCUUGAUGAAGAAGAUGAUGCGCGCUCCAUUGGAUCUGAUCAUCGGAAGAAGGAACGAAGGCGGAAUUCAGACACCAAAGGGAUGGACUCUGCUCCGGGCACACCAUCUGGUUCUACAGCGAGCCUCCCAUUACCGGAUAAGAAAUCGGUGGAGUUGAUUCUGGAUAAGCUUCAGAAGAAAGACACUUAUGGAGUUUAUGCGGAACCUGUUGAUCCCGAAGAGCUUCCUGAUUAUCAUGACGUGAUUGACCAUCCAAUGGACUUCGGCACCGUAAGGAAAAAGCUUGCUAAUGGGGACUAUUCUACCUUGGAACAAUUUGAGAGUGAUAUUUUCCUGAUUUGCACAAAUGCAAUGCAAUAUAAUGCUCCAGAAACAAUAUACUUUAAACAGGCACGUUCCAUACAAGAGCUGGCAAAAAAGAAAUUCCAGAGAUUAAGGAUUGGAAUUGAGCGUGCUGAGAAAGAGCUCAAGUUGGACCAGAAAACAAAAUCCAAUUCUGCCAUGAAGAAACCAAUAAAGAAGUCCUCUUGCAGGACUGCACAGGAGCCUGUUGGCUCUGAUUUCUCUUCAGGUGCCACUCUUGCUACAACAGGAGAUACCGGUACCUGGUCAAAUGUGAUACAGGCUGGUGGUUGUGAGAGGUCUAACAAUACUGAUGGACCUGUAGAUGGGAAUUCUUCUCUGAUUGAUAAUAAGCCAGAAAAGACGGAGGAGCAACUUUCAUUAGGGAAGGGGCUCCCAUCUAAAUAUGGAAGGAAGCCAUUUGUGGUUGAUGAAAACCGUCGUGCAACUUAUAAUUUAUCCAAUCAACCUGUGGUCAGAAUGGAUUCGACCUUUACGACUUUUGAAGGCGAAAGCAAGCAGAUGGUUGCAGUCGGGCUUCAUGCAGAUCAUUCUUAUGCAAGGAGCCUGGCUCGUUUUGCUGCAACACUUGGACCUGUUGCUUGGAAAGUUGCCUCCAGAAAAAUUGAGCAGUCCCUGCCUGCUGGGAUGAAAUUUGGCCGUGGCUGGGUUGGGGAAUAUGAACCACUUCCGACCCCAGUAUUAAUGCUUGACAGAAAUAUGCGAAAAGAACCGGAUUGUGCUGCAAAUUUGAACUGUACUGCUGAUUCAAGGAAAGAGGAGAAGGCAGAGGGUUUGAAAGCUGUUCAAGAUGAUGCUAACCUGGGUUUCAAAACUUUGAAUUCAGCAGAGAUGACAACUUCUAGUAAGACCACAGAACCUGCAAAGGUGAGUUCUGUUAGUAGGCCUAAUUUAGAUGGGAAAUUGUUCAGUGUUUCUGGGACCAGAUCAAUAAUUGGUGCUACAUGUCAGCAGCAGAAACCAGUAACCACCGCAAAGUCUGAUGGUAAUGUCUUUAAGAAAGCUGAAUCGAAUAGCUCUUCUGCCAGUGGGAACCCCUGUGAGAUUGCUGCACGAAAGCAAUUUGAUUAUGGUUCUGAAAUGACUACUUCGAGGUUGCUGGAUAUGGUUUCUAGGCACAGAAAUAUUGUGCAAUCUGUACCCCCCAAGCAGAAAGAAGCCAAUGGGGUUGCUGAUGGAGGUUUGCCUACUGGUAAAGCUGUGAGUGGCAGUUUGGAUGGCAAUAAAGUGAAUGGUUCAUUCUCUGACUCCGUUUCUAGUCAACACAGCAGGGCAGAAACAUACUUUCCCCAUGGAAAUCAGGAGAGUUUUAGUGACCCAGUUUUGUUGAUGAGAAUGUUGGCUGAGAAGACACAAAACCAGCAGAAAUCUUUGAACUGUACUUCAGUUGGUGCUCAACAGGUUAUGCCAUCCAUUCCAUCCCUGAGAAGAGAUGAUUCAAACACUGCUGCCAUCACUGCUGCCCGCACUUGGAUGUCCAUUGGGACUGCUGAGUUCAAAUCAACAGACAACAUAGAUCCUUCCAAAAUGCAGAUUGCUGCAGCUUCUCUGUACAACCCAGCUCGAGAACACCCACCUAUUUCACGAUUUUGUGAGGAAUCUCCUCGUUCUGGAGGGCUGCAGUUGCAGCAAGAGAAAAAGAUGUUCCCCCCUCAGGCUUUCCUUCCACAUCCUGUUCGUUCUGGUGAGGAAUCACGGUCUCAAAACAACAGACCAGUUAUUUUCCCUCAACUUGCAACCACCGACUUAUCAAGGUUUCAGGUGCAGUCGCCAUGGCAUGGCCUUGUGCCACAUACUCGGCCAAAACAAAUACAGGAUAUGCUGCCUCCUGACUUGAACAUUGGAUUCCAAUCAUCAGGGUCUCCAGUGCGGCAAUCGUCUGGCAUUCUGGUAGACUCUCAACAGCCAGACCUGGCAUUGCAGCUCUGAGUUUGGCAGUGUUUAUAGGAUAAAAUGGAAUGAAAACUGGGGAGUUGAAGAGUUGAUGGCUUAUGGUGUGAGGAGCAGUUUCAUUGUUUUAUCGGCAAGUUUCUGUUACAUCAGGAAGCAGUCUCCUCUUAACACCUCUGACUUGCAUCAAAUGUCAUAGUUAUCAACAUCUGUAUCUAUUGAAAAUCCAUCUUUUAGGGCUGAUGCUAAAGAUGGGAGCAGAAAUUCAUUGUUAAUCUUGGAUUCAAGACCUCAAACCAUCUAAUCUGAUUCAUUGAGUUACUAAUGGAAGAGAUGAAAUUGAAUACUUUGGUGACUUGUAGGCUACAACAUUCUUCGACGGGACAUCUGGAUAAUUUGCUGAAGGACAUUGCUUACUGCCGAUGAACUACGGCUUUUUUUCUUGGUCUUGCGCAUCUGACCAAGAAUAUUUACAUGCAGUGGGGAGGAUAUAUUAUUUGCAGAUACAUGAACAUUCAAGCAAUGGAGUGCUUACAAAAGUAGGUGGUAUCCUCAGGAAAGCCAGUGGAUUAUGUUCUGUACAUUAUCAGAAGAUGAGUAUCACUUGUUCAGAUUUUUAAUUGUUCUG